UGAAGACAAGCAAAUCUUAAGCUAUCAUUUUUUUAUUUUGCGUUUGUUUUUUUUUUCUGGUUCUGCAAUAAUUUUAAAGCUAUCAUUUAUAAAAGAGAAAUUAUUAUUAAAUACAAAUAAUUAGUUUAUAUAUUUGGCUAGGCAGCAGCAACAACAUCAAAAAAAUUCAGGAUGUCGCCUCCAACAACAACAGCAACAACAUCAAUUCUUAUCACUCUCAUCACAUUAACAACAAUUAUCGUACUAAACGAUUGUACUAACUCCGAUCUACAACAACAAUCCCAGACACAACAACAACAACAACACAACCAAUAUCAACAGUACAACAACAACAAUAAUAAUCUACAUUCACUACAACAUCAAAAACUUCAACAUCAUCACCAACAGCAACAACAACAGCAGCAGCAGUCCAAAUCUAAACAACGACACCACAAAAACAACAACAAAAACAGACCACUGAGAGCCAGGGACGUGUCAACGACAUCUACAACAUCCAACAACAACAACAACAACAACUUAGCAACGUACGGACAAGAUGGCUUCUGCGAGUUGGAGCUUGUCUGCAAAUCAAACAACAACCUCAUCAACAACUUGCACACACACAGCAAUAACAACCCAAAUUCGAACCCAACAUCAUCAGGCGAGGCCCAUACGGCGCACAUCCCCGUUAAGUUGCCCAUAAGGGGCCCAAAAGGGCCCCCCGGACCCCCCGGAGAAAGAGGUGCCGAUGGAAUGCCCGGAUUCCCUGGAUCUCCAGCACCGGCUUUCAAGAAGAAGGUUGCAUUCUUCGCGGGAUUGACCCAAAAUUUCGGACCGACGGUGGACAACACCGACAUCAUAUUCGAUAGGGUCAUAACCAACAUAGGGUCAGGGUACAGCCCCUCAACCGGCCGGUUCACAGCCCCGUACAAUGGUGCCUACCAGUUCAACGUCAUCGUAUCCGCUCAGGGGAGAGAGAAGGCAGCAGUCAUGGUGUUAAAAAAUGGUGAAAUGGUUGCUACGGUGUGGGCUGAAAGUAUACCCUACUGGGCUACUUCCUCAAACAUUGUGGUCCUUAGCUUGGACAAGGGGGACCAAGUCUGGCUGAUCCUACUAAACAAGGCGUCCCAUCUUCACGGAUACAUGUACACUACCUUCUCAGGAUUCAUCAUAUUUGAUCUUUGAAUCGGUUUUAUACUGUAGUAGAAUGGGUUUUUUUUUGAUUUGGUGGAAUGAUUUUUGGAGGAUUUGGGUAAUUUUGGGUAAUUCGUCAUUUCUGAUCGUUAUUUUUGAAUGAUUUAGUCUUGUAGUGGAAUGGGUUUUGCUUGUUUUGGCGGAAUGAUUUUAUUGUUAAAUGAUUUCGGGGCUGAAUUUAAUUAAUUUAUCUUUACCGUUUCUUUAUUUUUAAAAAUGUCAUUUUAUUUUUUGUAUUAAAGAUGUAAAAAUGUUUUUUUGGAGAUGUUUCAUGCAAAUAUAACACUCGAACAAGCAUAAGUGCAUUACAUUUAUGUUGAUUUCAAUUCAUAUCGUCAUACCAUGUUUGCAGAAGUGUGUCUAUUUUUGUAAAAUAACUUUCAAAAAUAUCAGGAAAUGUUUUUUAUACGCUCAGUUGUUUUCAUCAUGUUUUAUUUUUAAUAAAUUAAUUAUUAAUAUUAAUUCAAUAUAAAUUAAAUAUCAUUUAAUUUCUGAUGUUCAGAUGUUAAAAUUUAGAAUAAAUAAAUGUGUUAUAACUUAUACAGGGGUAGCUAAGGGGGCGAAUUUGGGGCUGAAUACCUCCAAAAAUGAAAGUUUUUGUUUGAGUUUAAGUUGAAAUUUUACAAAAUU